AGAGAAGCGGUUCACACGAGCUCACCGCGCUGCACUGUUGUCACUUUCUGUUCAGCUGGGAAUCUUAUGCGCGGCGCCGCGCAGAGCUGAUGCGCUCGAGGUCCCCUCAGGCGGGAGCGCGCUCUGACAGCUGAUGAUGCGCGCGAAUGAGCCGCGGGGUGCGCGCACUGACAGCUGAAGGUUCUCCGCGAUGACGGACACUCCGAUGGCCCAUCAUCAUCAUCAUCAUCGUCUCCAGCAGCAUCCGCAUCCCUGAGCACCGCACAGCAUCUUCCUCCUCAUCCUCCUCCUCCUCCGUCCUCCAUGCAGCGGAGCCGCGCAGCGCCUGUCGCGUGUGUCGCCGUCCGCCCUCGCUCCUCCUCCGCCAUCCUCUGCGGCUGAAGCCGCUCCGUGUCCAUCACCUGCUCGCCGUGUCCCGUCUCCAUCCUCCCGCGGGAUGCUGUCCUACGCGGGGAUGCUCGCGCUGCUCCUCAUCCACGGGAACAUGAUGCUCCCGUAUGUAUCAUCUCAGAACGCUGGGUUUGUGAAGUCGCCGAUGUCAGAGAUAAAGCUCACCGGAGACGCCUUUGAGCUGUACUGUGACGUGGUGGGUAACCCCGUGCCGGAGAUCCAGUGGUGGUAUGCCGAUAUUAACAGGGCGGACUCCUUCAAGCAGCUGUGGGACGGUGCACGCAAGCGGCGGGUGUCCAUCAACACGGCGUACGGAUCCAACGGUGUGAGCGUGCUGGCCAUCUCCCGCCUCACGCUGGAGGACGCUGGGAUCUACGAGUGCAGGGCCAGCAACGACCCGCGCCGAAACGACCUCCGCCAGAACCCGGCCAUCACCUGGAUCCGAACGCAAGCCACCAUAUCUGUGCUGCAGAAGCCACGGAUCAAUGCUUCCGAUCAGGAGAUUUUACAGCCUAAAAGCGUGCAGGAGUUACCCAUCACCCUUCAGUGUAACCUCACUAACUCACACAGCACCCACCGGGAAACCUUCUGGAUGAAGAACGGACAGGAGAUUCCCAACACCAGGACGGAGCACAAACACACCAAGUUCAAGUUAAGUAAACCGAGGACAGAUGAUUCGGGUGAAUACAUGUGUGUUUACAGCUUUAAGUCGGCUCCCAAUGCCAAUGCUUCCAUUGAGGUCAAAGCUGCUCCUGAAAUCAUCGGCCAUAAACGAAGCGAGAACAAAAAAGAAGGAGAAAACGCAACGCUGUACUGCAAAUCAGUGGGAUACCCGCAUCCUCUGUGGACGUGGCGCAAGAAAGUGGGCCGGGGAUCUUACAUCGAUGUUGACAACAGCACCGGACGAUUCUUCGUCAUCAACAAGGAGAAUUUUACAGAGCUGAGUAUCACGGGUCUGGACAUUCGCACAGAUCCGGGCGAGUACGUCUGCAACGCCUCAAACAUCAUCGGCUCCAAAGAGUCCGUGACCAUCCUGCGGGUGAGGAGUCACCUCGCCCCGCUCUGGCCUUUCCUGGGCGUCCUAGCCGAGAUUAUCAUCCUCGUGGUCAUCAUUGUGGUUUACGAGAAGCGCAAGAGGCCAGACGAGGUUCCAGACGAUGAUGAACCAGUUGCAUCAACAAAAACGAACUCUACAAACAACCACAAAGACAAAAACAUACGACAGCGGAACGCCAACUGAGUCCACGGACCGACGAAGAAGAAGCUGAAGACGACUGACUGCAUAUCCUGACCACACGGAGAAGAAAACAACAAUGACCACAGCAUUACCCCAACAAUAAAGACUCUUAAGUUUGCCUUAUUCAGGCUCAUGAUGUGUGUGGAUGUGGACGCUGACCGAAUCAUUCUGAAGGUGAAGAUGAUGAUGAUUUUAUUACACGUGCUGUCAACGUUGCAUUUCGUUGUUUUAUCAUGCCCUCCUGCUGCACUAAUUCUUUUUCAUAUCUACAUCUUGUCUCGAAUGCAUGCAAUAACAUAAUCGAAUACGAGUCAGAAUAUCGUUUUCUAUUGUUACUUUGAGUGACGUUGCAUCCAGAUGAAUAGCUAGUGUGUGUGUGUGUGUGUGUGUGUGUGUGUGUCUGUGUGUGUGUGUGUGUGUGUGCGUUUUUAAAGAAAUUCAAAUGGAUAAAAAAAACUAAGUAAGGAAUCCUCGAGAUCUUUGUACAGUUUAUCAUCCAAUAAAACGAUACUAAAAGAAGGUUUUUGUCUUAAGCUAGAAUGCAAGAAUCUUUGUGAGUGGCAGAACAGUAUUUAAUCUUAAAGCUGAUAUUGUAUUAAAUUUGUUUUCUGGAGUAAUUUAGACGUCUUGUACAUGUGGUGCUGUAAGUGUUCAAAUAUUACCAUAGCAUCUGUAAAAAAGGAAAAGAAUAUAUCUUUUUUUGUAAAUGGUGUUUCUUUUUAGAGAAAAGAUGAUUCUUGUACAGCAUGGCUAUAAUCCUAUGCAAUAUGUAUUCAUAUAGAUCUACUGAUAAUUGUAAGGUGGGGUGGGUGUGUUUAAUUUCGGAGAAUCAAAAGCUUUAAUGGGAUAAGGGUGCGUCGCUUCUGAAGUGCACUGCAUGACAACUCCUGAUCAAUACAGUGUGUGUCACCAUGACAACGGACCAACAUCAAGGGAGGAAGUGAGUGGAGCUAAAGCCAUUACAAACUAUUAUGUGAAACCAACUGUUUCCUUUUUCAAAAUAAAGGUUCCAAAAUAUG